AUGUGGCGACCUCGUCUGCCGUACGUCGCGGCGCGCCUUGUGCGGCCGGUGCGUCCCCUGCAUGCGUGCACGGCGCAGGCGGCACGUACGCCACGCAGCGGCACGCUGCGUGCUCGCCAGGCGCUGCUGAGCCAGGAGAUUGCGCAGCUCGAAAAAGAGCUGCAGUUUGUGGAGAAGCAGGAGGAAGUCGCGCGUCUCACCGCGGAUCUGCCGCCGCUCGACGAUGCGACGCUCGAGGCGAUGUACCGCGAGAUGAUUGAGCCGCCGCCCGCGGAGGAGGCGCCGAAAUCGCUGCCGGACGCGACGCCCAAAGCGCUGACGCGCCUGGCAAUGCGGCUGGGUGUGGGCAGGGGCGAAAACGAGGCCGAGGAAGCUGCAGACGCGGCCUCGAUCGAAGCGGUCGAGCGGGAUGCGCAUGAAAAUGCUCCUGUUGAAGAGUCCACUGCUUCCCAGCCACUCGAUACGGCACUUCGGGCCGCUUCUGACGAGCGCACUGCGCAGCGCACGCUCCUCCUCGAGCGCCUCGCCACCUGGGUGAUGGAAAAUCCAUCCGAGCCCGACGAUCUGCUCCCUGCGGUUCCCACCGAAGAGUGGCAGGCACUCGCUGUUGACAGUGCGCGUGAUACCAACCUCGCACAGACGCUGCAUACCCUCGACCUCAUGGCGCAAAGCGGUCUCGAGCCCAGCGCGGCGCUGUACGCGCGCCUCCUCGACACGUACGCGACGCGCGGCGCGCUCGAUGCGUGCCUCGUGCUCAGUGCGCGCAUGCAAGAGGUCGGCCUCGUGGCCGAUGCGCCGGUCAAGCAUGCAAUGGUCAAGGCGUACGUCCACAGUGACCGUCUCUUUUCCGCACUCGAGUACCUCCAGCACUGGGAAACGACCGAGGCCGCGCCGAUCUCGGCCUAUACCAUGCUCAUGGAGCACCUCGUCAAGCACCCGAUGCGCGCCGUGCAUCCAAUCGCAUGGUCGCUCUUUUACCACAUGCGCCUCGUUGCACACCCCGUGCCGGACGCGGCCGUGUACGCCCUCAUGAUCCGGGCGUGUGCCGCUGGUGUGCCGCAGCCCGGUACACGGGCGCGGGCACCAGAAGCCGACGCGGAGCGUGCGCUCGACCUCUUUCGCGAGAUGACGACGCACUAUGCGAUCCGGCCGAACAAGGAGGUGUACGAUAGCCUGAUCCUGACAUGUGCGCGGCGCAAGGAGCACUAUACGGACGCGAUCCGGCUCGUGCGUGAGCUCUUGGAUGGCGAGCCGGACCGUGUACUUGCGCCUGGCGCGCGCUCGGCGUUGUGGGCGGAUACGUACACGUUUAAUGCGCUGCUGCAAGGCAGUGCACGGGCCGGCGAUUUGCGUACCGCGCGCUGGGUCUUGGCCGAGAUGCUGCGUGUCGCCUUUGCGUUGGAUGGCGCGCCGGAGCACUGCCGCGUGAAUGAAGAAACCAUGUCGAACAUCUUUUGGACGUAUGCGGUGUAUGAGCCGCCGCUGAAGGAGAAGGAUAUUCGUGUGGUGGAUGGCGAGAAGGGCAAGGGCAAGGGCAAGGACAACGAGGGUGGAAAACUCGACGCAAAGGGCGAGGCCAGCGACGAGGUAGAGACUCGUGUCGAGACCAACGACCAGCCCGAGAACCAGCCAGAAAGCCAGGCCGACGACCCUACCUCGCUCGACACACGCUCGGAAACGUCUCCGGAAGCAUCUCCCCAUCCCACCGUAUUCACGCACGACAUGCCCCAGACUGCCAAGGAUGUCCUGCUCGAGGUACGUGCACUCAUGGCACGCAUCCUCGCCGACCAGGACCCCUCUCCGGACGCCGGCCUCGAACAUCCUCUCUCGUCGGUACGCACGACGCCUCGCCUCCUCAACGCCUUCCUCUCGGUCCUGAUGCACCACCUUCCCCGUGAGCACCAGCUCGCAGCGGUCGUGCACGCCGCCGAGGACCCCGACGGCGUCUUUCAGCAAGCGCACGUCGCGCCGAACGGGCACACCUACGCGCUGCUCCUCGAGGCGUGCGCCGCGCAGCGCCACCGCCCCCACGCCGACGCCGUCGCGGCGCGCGUAUGGGCGCAGUGGACCGAGCUCGCGACCGCCCACCCCAUGUCCUCUGCCCACGGCACCGACGCCAAGACGACGUCCAAGGCGUGGGCGCUCAUGAUCCGCAACAAGGCCAAGUCGUACGACAUUGACGCCGCCCUCGAGCUCGUGCGCAGCUUCUAUGCCCUCUAUCCACCAAAAGCUCCAACAACGGCCGUGACGAGCGUCGCGCCGGCCCCUCCGGUCGACCUGAUGCCCGUUCCCCCGCCGUCGAGCGCGCUCGACGCGCUCGCGAGCCUCGCUCCGAGCGCCGGCAGCCGGCAGUACCCCUCGCUCAGCCCCGCGCGCCCGACGCUGCGCUUCCGCGACCUGGAUCUCUUGCACCACCGCUGCGUCGCGCUGCGCCGCGCCGACGGCAUCCGCCUCAUUACCCACGUCGACCGCGCUUUUCGCUCGACGCGAUACCCUUCGUAG